AUGUCUACUCCGAGUGAAAUAGACUUGAUGUGGGCUCCAAACUCUAAAUUUGGUCAUGUAGAUGCAGUCCAUGGUGGUUAUAAUCAAUACUGGCCUGGCGCACAUUACGUGGACAUUGUCGGACUUUCUUUCUAUCACUAUGGAGGUCAUGCUCGUCUCAAUGUCGUCCCCCAGCCAGGCGAAGCACUUGAAACCAUGAAGUACUUUGCAGAUCUUUUUUCGAUACCCAAUGAAUACAAGCCCUUUGUGCUAGCGGAGACUGGAGCAUCAUAUACCAGAUCAAAGGAAACCGGUGAACCAGCUUCAGGAGGUGCUUCGGACUACGAUAUCAAGUACCAAUGGGUUCAACAAGUCUUGUCAAAGGAGGUGGCUCAAGCUAUUCCUACUCUCAAGGCACUUUCUUGGUUUGAGGUCAAGAAAAAUGAAAAUGCGGCAGGAGAUACACCAAUCAAAUCCGAAGACUUUCGUUUGUUCAUGGGAGAAGGCGAUAUUGGUAAAGAUACGGCUGACUUUGUAGCAUCCACAGAUUUUUGA